AUGCGUUCUUCUGACCAAACCCAUGCGAAGAACAUCUUCGACUUCGUCCUGAGCGAUAAGCGCAAUCAAGCUGGAGCGAAAGCUGGACUCAAUGAUACUCUCGUUUACAAAGCAUCACUUGAGUCGCCCCUGAACGGUCAUGUCAACUGGAACUGGCCUUUUCCUACUCCCAUCGUUCCUGCUGCCAGAAAUCGGGAGCCCGUUCUUUCCCGACCUACUACCGAUCACUUCGAGCUCAGCUCCUCCAUGUCUCCCACCUCUGACACGUCUUUUACCGAUCCCACUGUCCUUCCAAGCCACUUCUGCGAGGAUAUCCCAUAUCUUUGCGACCCAGUCGCCGCACAGGAGUUUUACAACACUACCUUCGACCUUGAGCUCAUUGCACUCCUGAACGACACUGAAGCCGCCGUGACAGCUGUCCUCGCUUCACUGGACACAGACAGCUCCUCUACAACUGCUGGCCAUACUUCCGCUGAGGCAUCCAUUCCAAUCGCAAGCACAAGCCCGGAGCCCUCUUCCACCAGCUUGGUCAGAGCCACCGACUCAAAUCCAACUUCUGAUCCCCCAAUCGUCGAUCUGUCCACCCCAACUCCAGAAAUAGCCCAUGAUUCAGUCCCAAUGGCGCACACAACCCUAGACGCUGCACCUACCUCCUCGUCCCAAGCCAUCAAUCGAUCCACGAUCAUAACUCCACCCUACUCUAUCGGCUCAAUUGAUCUAACUGACAGCCCGCCCAACCUGCCUGCUCAAAUCGGCGACGUCACUCAGGUGGGUGAGACAAAGAGGGCAAUUUUCGUACCGAAUGCGAAAGCGCAUGCUUCGGUUGCCAGUGAGCCUGCUAAUGGCACAACAAAACGCACACAAAACGCACCACAAAAGAGGACACCUGCUCAGCGCAGGCCUCGAGCGAAGACCCCAAAGCGAUACCCCACCCCGACGAGCUCCUCACCUCGAGUGCUUCGCAGGAUCGCACCUACUCCUCCAGCAUCGGUCAAUGAUGUUGUCUUCAAGACCCCCCAAGAGGCUCCUCAGAAAGUUUCACUCAAUCCCAUCACACCAAUGUCUAUCGAGGCACAACACCAGCUAUACGAGGAAAAAUACUUGGGACAGCAGAACGUCUAUGGGAACCAACAGCAGCACUUGAAGCGUAUGAACCAGAAGCUCCAAAACAGCCUCUGUAAGGAACAGAUCGAUCGUGAGCAGCACCUGAACCAGGGUCGCCACCAGCAGCAAUAUCAACAGACAACCCACUUCACCCAGCUGCCCCAGGCAACCCAAUUGCCCCAGUUGAUGCAGUCGUCCCAGUCGGCUAGGAAAGAGCCGGAGCGCGAUCAUUACCUACAGCAUCUGCAACAGGCCCGCCAGCAAAAGGCUCGCAAGCAGCUGCCUCAGUCGAUGCAGACAUUCCAGGCGUCUCGGCAACUGACGGAAGACGAAAGUCACCUAGAGCAUUUGCGACUGGCCCGCCAACAACGGGCUCACCAGUCGAUUCAGACAUUCAUGUCUGAUCCGCGCAAGACGGAACACGAACAGCACCUAUACAAUAUGCAAUUGGCCAACCAGCAGCAUCAGUACCUGGUGUCACCUCAACAGCAAAUGGAUCACAAAAUACACCUACAACAAUUGCAACUGGCCCACGAGCAACAAGCCCGCCAGGAGCAUGCCCGCCGGCAGCUGUCUCGGUCGUCCCAGACACUCCACUCGGCUCAGCAACAGAUGACGCAUGAGCAGCACCUACGGUACUUACGGCACCAGAACCAGAUCCGCCAGCAACAGCAACACCAGCAGUCGCCCCGCUUGUUCCAGCCGAUCCAAGCACCUCAGUUGAAUCAGCUGUCCCAGUCAAGCCUGUCACCCCAAUUGCCUCAGUUGGUCUACCCGGCCCAGCAGGUACAGGUCACUCCACCAAUACGGGUCGCUCGUCUAGCCGGGCCGGCUUAUGGUACCCCAUAUCCAAAUCAGCAACUGCAGACUGUUCCUCAAGGCCAGGCUGCUUAUCUCACUCUCCCUACUGCGCAGCAGUAUCAACCUGCCGUUUCUGCUUCAUUAUUCCACCAUGGAGCCAGCCACAAUUUGCCUAUCGAUCGCAUGCAGCUCAUUUCUCCGGCACCUUCCAGCAAGAGGAGCUUUGAGUUUGUGGACAAAGUCGUGCCCGAAAGCUUUGUGGCCAACCCUGAUAACCAUGGCCGAUGGUUCGUCCCAGACACCAAGAGAAAGGAAAGGAUCUACUUGAACGGACCUCACAGCAAGAAAGCGCGACUUGCCCUCGAGGAAUGA